AUGAAGGAGCUCCAGCUCCUAUGUCUGCUCUUCUUUGGAGGUCAAGGGUCAUUUGCGUGCCCCCACCCCUGCGCCUGUCAUGGCAGCCAAGUUAACUGCAGCGGCAGGUCCCUCACCUCCUCCUGGCUUCCCAGCAGCUUCCCCGUGGGCACCACCGAGCUGCAUCUCCAUGGCAAUCUGCUCACCACGCUCCCAAACGGCCUGCUGGACAAGCUGACCUCCCUCCGUCACGUCUCCCUGCACGGCAACCCGUGGACCUGUGACUGCGGUGUGCUUUACCUGCGAGGUUGGCUUAGAGGCCAGUCCAGCGGGCUCUUAUCGCACCUGGGAGUCAACUGCAGCUCCCCUCCUGGAUUGAGGGGGAGGUUGGUGGUGUAUCUGACCGAGGAGGAGGUCCUGGACUCGUGUCACUACUGGUACUGUGACCUGGCUUUGGCUUCGCAGGCAUGCCUCUUUGUGUUUGUGCUAGUGCAGGCUGCACUGCUGGCUGCAGUCAUUGUGUUCCUCAGGAGGUUUGAGAGGCUCUCCAAGGAAGCCAGGAGGACCAUGGAGGACAGCCUCAUAGCUGGGGAGGCCAUAAGGGAAAAUUAG